UUUGGCAACUGGACGCUCACAAAACUCCGUUCCGCCGUAGACUUACCGUACCGUACAGUAGCGGUUGAAACACAGAUACUCAGUAGACGCUGGCUGCGCUGCUCCAGCAUUAAACAUUGGAUCCGCUUGUUUGGCACAGCCAUCCACCAUCCAUCAAACGACCAUCCACUCCUCUCCCUCUCACAAUUUUCAAAACUCAGCUAAUCGAUCAUCAUGACUCUCCGAAAUCUUUUUCGUCAAGCCUCCGCCAAGGCACUCUCUUCCAUGAAAAAGAAGAAGAGCCGCCGCAGCUCCAAGGAAAAGAAAGCCCAAGAACAACAAAAGCCAACGUCUCACACCUGCUUCGACGAAGACUUGUCACAAACUCAUGUGGAAUCCGAAGUGGAACAAACGGACUCUUGUUGUCCUACCACCACCAGCAGUGAAGUAUUUGCCAAGGCAUGUUCCUUUUUUGGUGAAGAAUUGCAGAUUGUGCGAGACAACGAACGCAUUACCAAGGUGACCCUUCAAGACUUUAUUGAGCGUUAUGAGCGAGAAGACUUGUUGGCAUUGACCGACAUUGUCCGAACAUCUACCCGUCGAUGGAAGACACUCAAAUUUGUGGAGACCAUUGAUGGGACCAACUAUCGACGAUGGCAAUUCCGCAAGGACAACUUGCGACGGGCAUUGGAACAAGCCAUUCAAGAAUCACCACAAGAAGAGAACAAAAAGUUCCCCAUUGCCUUUCAAGAACAUCUCAAGAUUGACAUGGACGAAAUGACACGAGAAGGAAUUGUCAAUGUCCUCAAGGAAGUGCAAAAGAAUCGAUAUGUCACGUCCAUUAGCAUUGAAGGAUUCUUGACCUAUCAAAAUGUCGAAUCCGUGGUGGGACCACUGGUCCGACUCUUGACUAAGGGGGACCGACGAUGGAAGGAUGUCGUUCUGCGAGUCUCCUUUGAUGGCGAUGCCACACUUGAUUACCCCCAGUGGGAUAUGAAGGUUACCAUGGCCAAGGUCCGUCUGGAGGAAGUCUCCCACAAUCUCCGCGUCCCCAUUGGCUUUCACAUUUGCUGAAUUCAUCAAGUCCAGUCCAUCUUCCACCAACAUCUAAGCUUCUACUCUUCAACAUCCAUAUCCUACAAGUAUUACAGUAUAUUCUAAAGCUAAACUAAUUGCGCAUUUCUCCAGUU